AUGGCUAACGAGCUGGCUCGCAAAGCUGCGACAGUUGGACUUUGGCAUCGUGUGCGCACGGGAGUGAGGGCAGACGGAGCCGACUCGCGAUUUGCAAACAAGACCACGCAAGAUUGCACUAUUGCGACAAUUAGAGCCAGUGGGGGACAGUCUGGAAAAAAGGGAAAACGCAAAAAGGGGUUUCCACUGCGGGUAACUUAG